AUGAACCCCCAAGCGAUCGAAGCACCUUUGACACAAUCUGCCACAUUUCUCGUCUUAUCAGCAACAGAUGAACCACGUGCCGUCAGAAAUAUUCGAUCCGCCAUCUCUAGCAUUUCAGACAUCACAAAGAACAUCUCGACUCGCCACCCGGGUGCUCACCUCUCCUGCACCGUCGGCAUCGGCAGCAAGAUCUGGGAUGAGCUCGCUCAAGUCCCCCGACCGACGGAGUUACGACCGUUCAAAGAGGUCCGAGGCGCCAAGCACACCGCAGUGUCGACACCAGGUGACUUGCUAUUCCACAUCCGGUCGGAGAGGAGAGACAUGUCCUUCGAAUUCGAAAGACAACUCAUUGACCUGCUGGGCGAUGCGGUCAAAAAGGAAGAUGAGACGGUUGGUUUCCGGUACUUCGAUGCGCGCGACGUCCUGGGUUUCGUCGACGGCACCGCAAACCCCGUCGGCUCAGACGUAUCUGAAGCCGUUCUGAUCACCCAGGAGGACGACAAGACUAAGUCCGCGCCGGGGGGCAGCUACGUUGUGGUACAGAAGUAUCUCCAUGAUCUUAAGACAUGGCGCAGUCUAUCAACGGAGCAGCAGGAGGCCAUCAUCGGGCGGACCAAGUUGGACAACAUGGAGCUAGACGACGCCGAGGAUGGACAGCAGCAAUAUCACAAGAGCCUAGCAACUAUUGAAGACGAGGACGGGAACGAGCAUGACAUUCUGAGAGACAACAUGCCUUUCGGGUCUCCAGCGUCAGGUGAAUUUGGCACGUACUUCAUCGGGUACUCGAAAAAGCUCUGGGUUAUUGAGAAGAUGCUUGAGCGUAUGUUCAUUGGCAGCCCACCGGGGCUGCAUGACAAGAUCUUGGACUUUUCGAGACCGGUCACAGGAUCCACAUUUUUUGUGCUGUCAGCUAAGCUACUGGAGAGUCUUGGUGAUGAUUAA